GACACUCCAUGCUGAGUUUGUACAGCAUGUCGAGAGAUAGGGCAUGACAGCAUCCUCUGCUGUGGACCUCAGAGCUAGGGCUAUUUAAUGUUAUUUUGUUAUGUUAUGUCGUUUGUACCAGCUCUUAUGAAUGACCCACACAGAUACUCAUACUGUAUGAUUACAGAGUGACUUCUUUCCAUUGAUCUGAAUGUUACCAGGACCCGUUUCUCUCAAUUAGACGUAGAGGUACGUCUGAAUCCUCAAUGGAGCCCUUACUGCACCAGCUCGGACAGAGACUCAUUCGCUGUGCACACCGAACCCUAAUUUGUAGAAAGUAUACACACGGGAAUGGAAACGGCGCAGAUCAUCCUUCAACUGGGUCCUCACACACGACGCCCGUCCUGCUCGUCUCUCGUCUGUACCAGCCCGCAAACCUACGCGAAGUAGGCCAAGAGAGUCGACAAGCGGGAGAGAUGACCUGCAAGAGUCAGCGGUUGAUGCAGCAGGCGGGACUCAUCCACCCGUCCAAUCCUGGUUGCUACUACUACCUCCCGGCUACUGUGCGCGCCAUGGAAAAGUUGGUGCGGCUAAUUGAUCAAGAGAUGCAGGGCAUCGGUGGUCAGAAGCUGGACAUGCCCAGCCUGUGCUCGGCCGAGCUGUGGAGGUCCAGCGAGCGCUGGGACCUGAUGGGCAAGGAGCUGUUCCGCCUUCAGGACCGCCAUGGGGUAGACUACUGCCUGGGCCCCACACACGAGGAGGCUGUGACCACCCUGGUCGCCCACCAGGCUAGCCUGUCCUACCGACAGCUCCCUAUACUUCUCUACCAGAUCACCCGCAAGUUCCGGGACGAGCCCAAGCCGCGCUUCGGCCUGCUGCGGGGCCGGGAGUUCUACAUGAAGGACAUGUACUCCUUCGACGUCAGCGAGGAGGCGGCGCGCCACACCUACGACUCGGUGUGCCAGGCCUACGGCAGGCUGUUCUCCCGCCUGGGCCUGCGCUGCCUGCGGGUGCAGGCCGACGCGGGGAACAUCGGCGGCACGCUCUCCCACGAGUUCCAGCUGCCGGCCGACAUCGGCGAGGACCGGCUGCUGGUCUGCGGCGGCUGCUCCUUCGCCGCCAACGAGGAAACCCUCGCGCCCGGCGAGACGGACUGCCCGCGGUGCCCCGCCGGCCCACUGGCCGAGUCCAAGGGGAUAGAGGUGGGGCACACCUUUUACCUGGGCGCCAAGUACUCCCGGGUAUUCAACGCCACCUUCAGCAACCACCAGAACCGGCCCGUGGUGAGUGAAAUGGGCUGCUACGGCCUGGGCGUGACGCGCAUCCUGGCGGCGGCCGUGGAGGUGAUGUCCACGGAGGAGGCCAUCCGCUGGCCCGGGCUGCUGGCGCCGUACCAGGUGUGCGUCGUACCGCCCAAGAAGGGGAGCAAGGGGUCCGAGGAGGGAGCGGCUCAAACGGAGGGACUGGUGCACGCGCUGCAAGGGGGGCUGCCCCGUCUGAGGGGGGAGGUGGUGCUGGACGACCGCACCCAGAUGACCAUCGGCAGGAGGCUGAAGGACGCCGUGCGGCUGGGCUACCCGUACGUGGUGGUGGUCGGGCAGGGCGCCCAAGAGGAGACGCCGCGGUUUGAGGUGAUCUGUCAGCAAACGGACGAGACUAUGUUUCUCAGUAAAGACCAACUGGUUGAUCUUCUGGGCAGGGUGGAAACUGUAUGAUGAUGUUGAAAGGAUUGAAGACAAUUGAAAAUGAUGCGUGUGUACAUGUGUAUUAAGAAUCAUAUAUUGUGAAUAAAUGGGGUUAUAGGUGGAUCAAACUGGUUUUGUGUGAUGGUUGAACAUUGACACGGCUGUGCAAUUAUAUUACUUAUAUUUCUAGCACCAUACAUUUACAUUUUAAUUUAGGGCAUUUAGCAGCCGCUUUAUCCAAAGCGACUUGCAUAAGAACAUUUGUUAAAAGCAUACCUGUUUGGCCUUAAGCAUUGACAAUUUCAACUCAGCUAUGGUCAAUUGAUUUGUCGCAAAAGGUCCGGUUAUGUCAUUGGCUUGCCAUUAUGCUUUUUAGGUGUCAUGGUGACUCGCAUUUUUUCCCCCUUGUUGCUAUUCAUUACAUUAGUAGGCAUCCUCCGAUUUGGUGAGAUACUUGUACAAACGUUCAGCCUUUUUGACAGAUACUCUAUCCCUCUCAUGUUCAUAAAUGUCUUAUUCGCUAGUAGUGCUGACAUUAUUAGAAUUUUUAGAAGAAUAUAAUGUGCGUUAUGAGUCUGACAAAUGUAGAGCGAUGGAUGCGGAACUUAUGACGUGCGAAAUGUUUCUGGUCGGAGCGUUAUAACCUAGUGUCGUUCCCUCCACAUGGUAGUGCGCUCAUCGUCUGUCACCGAUAGUAAACAAGUAGCAACCCCUGGAGAACUCCCUCAGUCCCUGUCAAAGAUGACUUCGGCCGACGACAGCGAUGAUGACUGGGAUGAGUUUAUGGACAAAUUUACGAAAGAAAGAUACAAAAAUGGUUUUAGCGAAGGCAAUUGGGAAGAGGAGAUGGAGAAAAUACCAUUGUUCAUGACGAAAGCCCCAGAAGAAAUUGACCCUAAAACGCAUCCGCAAUUGGCUUGUCUUCAGGCCCUUAUCCACGAUGAAGACAGGACUCCCGAGG